AUGGAAAAUCUUACUCCGUUGCUUAUUGGGCUUGUUGUCCUCGGCUUAGCAAUUUACGCCCAAUUCUUUCGAAGAAAUGCUACCAGUGGCCUCCCACCAGGGCCAAGGCCCCUUCCUCUGGUUGGAAAUAUAAGAGACCUUCCUGCCCCAGGCGUACCCGAGUACCAGCAUUGGAUCAAGUUCAAAGAUAUGUACGGUCCAAUCAGCUCAGUGUCCAUUUUGGGCCAGCCGAUGAUUCUCUUGCACGAUAAGAAGGCAGUGCGUGAUCUAUUAGAGCAGACAUCUCUCAAGACAUCCCUCAGACCUUCCUCGAUCUUUGCCAAUGAAUGUGGCUUUGGGGCUUUCUUGCCCUUUCGGCAGUACAACGAAACAUAUCGAUGGCACCGGAAGCUAGUCCACCAGCAAAUUGGUACCAAAGUCAUGGCAGCCCGAUUCAAUGAUGUUCAAGAUGUGGAGUCGCGACGCUUCCUUCUGAGGGUUCUAAAAAACCCAGAGGAUUUACUAAAGCACUUCAAGACUGAAGCUAGUGCCAUAGUCUUGAAAAUCACGUAUGGCUAUGCUAUUGAACCACGAACCCACGAUCCGUUGGUCUCCUUGAUUGAGCGUAUGAUGGACAAUAUGUCGCUUGCGCUUGUGCCCUUGUCUUGGAUAGUAGAUAUUUUCCCAAUCAUGAACCGCCUACCAGAGGGAUUCCCAGGCGCCUCCUUCAAAACUCAAGCUCGAGAGUGGAAUCAAGUAAACCAAGCGGUGACAGAUACACCUUUUGAAUUCGUGCGGAGACAACUCACGGCUGGAACGCACCGGAUAUCCUACGUUUCGCAACUGAUUGAGAAACACGGGAUCAACAAGCAUGGCGAGCUAGAAUUAACGCUUGAGGAGGAAGACGCUAUCAAGCAGACGGCGGCGCUUCUGUACGGCGGCGGAGCGGAUACAACUGUCUCGACAUUAAGCAGCUUUGUUCUUGCCAUUAUACUGUUUCCAGAUGUCCAACAAAAAGCUCAGCAAGAAAUCGACAUGGUAAUUGGCAAUGGAAGGCUGCCGGACUUUUCUGACCGACAUCAACUGCCAUACGUCAACGCAUUGGUGAGCGAGACACUCCGCUGGCUUCCGGUUACGCCAAUUGGUACACCCCAUGUGACGGACGAUGAAAUACUGUACAAUGGAUUCAGAAUCCCAAAAGGAACAUAUUUGCUCCCGUCAAUCUGGUGGUUUUUGCAUGACCCCGAAACGUACGCAAACCCAAGCGAUUUCGACCCUGACAGAUAUUUGGAACCAAGAAAUGAGCCAGACCCUACAACAGAAUCAUUUGGCUAUGGCCGAAGAAUAUGUCCUGGAAGAUUUCUUGCGAUGGAGAGCCUCUUCAUCACAGUGUCGCGGAUUCUGGCCGCUUUCCAUAUAAGCAAAGCUAUUGAUGAAGAUGGUAAAGAGGUGGAUGCGGCACUCCAGCCGACCGCUGGGCUGAUUUGCCAUCCGAAGCCCUUCCCAUAUAGAAUUGAGCCAAGAACAGAAAAGUAUGCGGAGCUCAUUAUAGCUGUGGAGAGAGAGCAUCCAUGGGAAACAAGUGAUGCGGAGUCCCUAAAGCUCUGA